AUGAAAGCUUCCUUACUAUUUUUGCUUGCCUUAACAGCAACCUUAAUGAUUAGCGAAUUUAUUGUGUGUGAUGUUAAUUUUGGAGCUGGCAAAAGAAAUGGAGAAACCUUCAAGACCAUUCAAGUUACAGAUAAAUUACUCGAAUUAGAAUUAAUUCCUGACAAAGAUGGAGACAUUUUCACACUUCAGAGAAAAGACCUAUUAGAUAUUUGCUCCACUGUUAUUACUAUGGAAUUUAAGGACAAAUCUUCAACUGAUUUACCUUCCUCCAUCAACAAUCUAGUUGCAACAUCUAGAACUAACGACAUUCCUAGCUCUGGUUCCUAUAAAAUGCUUGUUCCAAAGGGAAUGAAAUAUACUGGAACUGUUCAUGUUGCUGCAGGUGGCAAACUAAAGAUCAAGACAUCUGAGGGAAACUUCUUUACUUUCGAAGUGGGAUUGUUAAGUCUUUUGGGCCAAGACAAACCAGUUUCCUUGGUAGCUCCUUCAAAUAUUGAUGAAUUAUUCACAAUCACAUUAACCUCUGAAACUUCCAAAUGCUAUUUGGAUGGCUAUUUGGAAUCAACCACUAGUUCAGAUACUCCUUCAAGAAAUGUUAAGGAAGCAACUCCACCAGAUGCAACAGGAAUUGCCAUUGGUGUCAUUAUUGGUAUUAUUGCUUGUUGUUGUUUAUCAUGCAUUGCAAUUGCAGCUUUGGUAAUCUAUACAACAAAGAGAGGAAAUAAGGGAGGACCAAGUGGUGGUAUCACUGUUGUUACAACUGGUGCUACAGGAACAACUGUUGUAAAUGAAAUGAAUUCAAUUUCAAACAAGAAAAAAACCAACAAAACAAUCAUGAUCAAUGGAUUUAGCAACAAGGACGACCAAAAUAUCAUAGAAGUAGCAGAAUUGGUUACCUUGAAGAUGAGCAAAUCAAGUGAGGAAAUUCUCUUUGAAGAUUUUAAUGAUCAAACAAAUUGUAGCACCUACUCAUCAUUGAGUAAUAAUAGCAAUAGUACCAAUACAAGUGAAUGGGGUGAUGUUAUGGAUUUAGAAGAAGAAUUGUUCAAUGCUUCUGAAGAUUUUGAAUAUCAAGUUAUCAAGUUUGAAUAUCCAUUCAAUGCUGAAUAUGAAGAUAUUUUCAAUAAUCAAUUGGAAGAAUUGAUUGAUGAAGAUGAAGAAGGCUUUGAAGAAGCAGAAGAAGAAGAAUACAACAAUAAUUUAUAUGAAGAAUACUUUGAAGAAUAUGAAUACAAUCAUUGUUUGGGAGGAAUGAAGUUUAAACACUUGGCCAAUAUGAAGAAAGUCAAGCAAAAGUUUAAGAGAAUGAGAAUUAAUCCAAAGAGAAGAAUUCAUCACAGAGAAUUGAAAAAGCAACAAGAAGAAGUAAUUGAAAAGAGAGAGAAAGUUUCCUCAAAGAUUUACACUCCACCACCUAUUAGAUAUGCAGAUAAUAAUUAUUCGAAUAACAAUAAUAACAGACAUCAUCAACACGGAAGCAAUUCGGAUGAAGAAGCUCAAUUACAACAAGCCAUUUCUCACUCACUCACUGAUCAUCAUGUCAAUGACUAUGCUAGAGAAUGUGGUAUCGAAUAUAAUUUAUUGCUUGCCCUUACUCAAAGAGAAUUAACUGCUGAAGAUUAUGAUCUUCUUUUACAAUUAGAUAAUACUGUUAAGAAAAAGACAGUUUCAGAAAAUAUUUUGGAUUCAUUGCCAUGUUGUACAUUAAAUCAUUUUGGAGAAGUAUGUCAAUCAGAUAUGCCACAAAUUACUGAGGGUGACAUGUGUAUUACUUGUAUGUGUGACUUUGAAGAGGGAGAUGAAGUGAGAUGGAUUACAAAGUGUGCCCAUAUUUUCCAUAAGAAUUGCAUUGAUAAUUGGUUGAAUAAUCACUCUACUUGUUGUCCAAUUUGUCGUGUUGAAGUAAACUCGUGA